ACCGGGGACUAUUUUUGCUGAUGCACCGGUGUUUUUACGUGAGAGGAGAAGAAGAAGACGAAGAGGACGUAAGUGAAAAGGAAGAAAUAAGAAGAGCGAGGAAUAAGAAGAACAACGAACGAGAAAAUAAGUGAAAAGGCCGGCAGGUGGCAGCACGUUCCCUGUGCUGCUGGAGCGGCUCUACAGCCCUGAGGGAGAGCGUCCUGUCUGUUCUGCAGCCUCGUCUGGUCUCCAGCAGCAGCAGAGCAGCAUGUGCCAGGUGGACGAGGACUACCGGGAGGAGCUGGGGCGACCAGCCGGGCCCAGUGUUUCAAAGAAAUGUGUCAAAUGCAAGGAGGCGUCGGCGUCUGUGGUCAUCAGAGCAGGAGAUGCACACUGCAGGAGCUGCUUCAAAGAAAACUUUGUCCACAAGUUCAGGGCCAUGCUGGGGAAAACCCGACUCAUCUUCCCUGGAGAGAAGGUGCUCCUGGCCGUGUCUGGAGGUCCGUCUUCCUGCUCCAUGCUCAGCCAAGUCCAAGAGGGUUUGAGUCAGACGGCUCACAAGAAGCUGCGGUUCUGCCCCGGUAUCGUCUACAUCGAUGAGGGGGGCGCCGUGGGUCAGUCCCAGGAGGACCGGAGGAGGACGGUGGCGGAGCUGCAGGCCGUGUUCAGAGAUACCGGGUUCCCCUUCCACACGGUCCCGCUGGAGCAGGUUCUGGACCUCCCCAGCUCCGUCCUGGCCACAGCUCUGUCGUCCCCAGCAGAACCGGCCCGGGCCUACAAGGCAGCCGUGGACCAGUUCAUCCAGACGGGCAGCAGAACCGGUGCCAGCACCGGUGCGGCGGUGCCGGGACCAGAGCCGGCUCUGGCUGAGGUGCAGGAGUCUCAGACGCUGCUGCUGCAGCAGCUGCUGGGCUCGGUGACCACGCUGACGGCCCGGCAGGACCUACUGAGCACGCUCAGGCAGCACCUGCUGGUCCACACGGCGCGGUCCCAGGGCUACAGCAAGCUGAUGCUGGGAGACAACUGCAGCCGCCUGGCGGUGAAGCUGCUGAGCAGCAUCUCUCUGGGCCGGGGGGCCCAGCUGGCCCAGGACACGGGCUACUCAGACUCCCGGUACGGGGACAUCGUGUCCGUCAGGCCCAUGAGGGAAUACUCGUCCAAGGAGAUCGCCUUCUACUGUCGUCUGUUCAACGUCCCCUCCGUCUCCACGCCGGGCCUGGACACCAAGGCGGGGGAGAAGGCCAGCAUCCAGCGGCUGACAGAGAGCUUCGUCACCAGACUCCAGGCUGACUUUCCCUCCACCGUCAGCACCAUCUACAGGACCAGUGAGAAGCUGCAGGUGUCCUGCAGCAGCUCCUCCCCGGCUGCUCGCCGGACCUGCUGCCUGCUCUGCAUGUGCCUGCUGGACACGGCGCUGGGGGAGGCUUCAGCGCUCCAGGCCCGGCUGAUCUCAGAGCAGCUGUCCCAGACUAAAGCUGCCCCCCCUGCAGCCCCGGGGCAGGAUCCAGGUCCAGGCCAGCCAGAGUCUGUUGCUCCGGCCGGAGCAGGGGAUUGUGGGAGAUCGGCUGGAAGCUGCUGCUCGUCCUCAGGAGCAGGGGAUUGUGGGAGCUCGUCUCCUGCCCAGGGGGUGGAGACGUCUGACCUGAGGGGCCUGCUGUGCUACAGCUGCCAGCUGACCGUCAGAGACAUGUCGUCGCUGCAGCAUCUCCCCCAGUACGUGGUGUCGGAGGCUCGGAGGAGGCAGCGCAGGUCUGUGAUGAGAGAGGAGAUCAGCGAGUUCCUACUGGACCAGGAUGAGGACGAAGCCUCAAACUGAAGCUUCCCGUCUCCCCUCAGGGCUCCAGCAUGAGGCCUUUCAUACAAACACAUAUUUUAUGAGUAUUUUUUCCUGUACCAGUGACUCCUGCUUUCCUGCUGGGACCGUGUCAGAGCUGUUCCACUGAACCGUGAAAUAAAAGUGACUUCACAGCCCGUCAGGACAACAUGCUGUUCUUGUGAAGGGAACAAGAUCUCAAACUGUCCCAGAACUGAACUGGAUUCAUCUGAGAGAGGACUGUUGCACUGUAGAUUACUGAUGUAUAAAAGAGGACCCGGAUGUGAUGGGUUGAUGUUGGAACCUGCAGCGCCAGGAACUAUCCAGUUGGACGGGGAAGUGGGCUCAGUCCUCCCACAGAAGAACCAACAUUUGUUUCUAAUAAAAAUCUUAACUUUCCAUAAA